AUGAACAACCAAGAACCAUCACCACCACAAACACCCACCCUCCGCCGGAGAAACUCGAUAUCCACGCCAGUAGCUAUCCCCUCCAAGCUCUCCUUCCACACUUCCAGCCUCCCUCCAUCACACUUAAACGGCACCCUUCCUUCUCCCCUUGACAUCUCCCUCCUUUCUGUCAAAUCAUCUUUAUCCUACACUUCUCUUAAAGACCUUCUCCCUUCCGCCACCGUUAACUCCCCAACAGCCGCCGCUUCCACCACCACUUCCGCCUAUGAAAUUUCUAUCCGCAACCGUCUUGUCAAGCAAGCUGCCUGGGCUUACCUCCAGCCAAUGUCUUCAUCACCUGAUUCCUCUGGCACCCACUCCCUCCACAGCCUCUGGGUUUGGUUCUUCACCAAGAAUCCAUUCACUUCUUGUUUUCGGUUCAUUACCGUUCAUGUUAUUCCGAGUAUAACAAGUGCUUUUGAUCGGAUCCUCCAUGUCAUUCGAGUCCACUUCAACAGAUAG